AUGUCGGAAGUGCAACAAGGAGAACCUGGUAGUGGUGGACGGACGGGAAACUUGUGUGUCAUGUGGAACUGGACACAAUUUGAAACUAACAUACUACAUCAGCUACAACUACAACAAGGACGACUACCUGAAGAAAAAGAGCAGACACAACAGAGUACGCUGGUUCGGAAGACUACUGGUAAAACAUGUUGCUAA